GCUGCAGAGCCGGAGAUGGCGACGGUGGCGAUGGACAUCUCGAAGCCCCCGCCGGCCGCGGCCGGCGACGAGUCCGCCAAGGGCGCGCGCGGCGGAGGCGAGGGGCUGCGGCAGUACUACCAGCAGCACAUCCAGGACCUGCAGCUCCAGAUCCGGACCAAGACCCACAACCUCAGCCGCCUCGAGGCCCAGCGCAACGACCUCAACUCCCGAGUUAGAGCUCUUAGGGAAGAGCUACAGUUGCUUCAGGAACCUGGCUCUUAUGUUGGUGAAGUGGUGAAGGUCAUGGGAAAAUCAAAGGUUCUAGUCAAGGUACACCCCGAAGGCAAAUAUGUCGUAGAUAUUGAUAAGAGCAUUGAUAUUACAAAGAUCACACCUUCAACAAGAGUUGCUCUUCGGAAUGAUAGCUAUAUGCUCCAUUUGAUCCUGCCAAGCAAAGUUGAUCCACUGGUCAAUCUUAUGAAAGUUGAGAAGGUCCCAGAUUCUACUUAUGAUAUGAUUGGAGGUCUUGAUCAGCAGAUCAAGGAGAUCAAAGAGGUUAUUGAGCUUCCUAUCAAACAUCCGGAGUUAUUUGAAAGCCUCGGAAUUGCUCAGCCAAAGGGUGUUCUCCUUUAUGGACCACCAGGCACAGGGAAAACAUUAUUGGCACGUGCAGUUGCUCAUCACACUGACUGUACCUUCAUCAGAGUAUCUGGUUCUGAGUUGGUUCAAAAGUAUAUUGGUGAGGGCUCCCGGAUGGUCCGUGAACUCUUUGUUAUGGCUAGGGAGCAUGCACCAUCCAUUAUAUUCAUGGAUGAAAUAGACUCCAUUGGAUCUGCUAGAAUGGAGUCUGGAUCUGGCAACGGUGAUAGUGAAGUGCAACGCACCAUGCUUGAGCUUCUUAACCAACUUGAUGGUUUUGAAGCUUCAAACAAAAUUAAGGUUCUGAUGGCAACAAACCGGAUAGACAUUCUGGAUCAAGCCCUUUUGAGGCCUGGACGCAUAGACAGGAAGAUUGAAUUUCCGAAUCCCAACGAGGAUUCACGAGGUGAUAUCUUGAAGAUUCAUUCAAGAAGAAUGAACUUGAUGCGUGGAAUUGAUCUGAAAAAGAUCGCGGGAAAGAUGAAUGGGGCUUCAGGAGCUGAGCUGAAGGCGGUGUGCACCGAAGCUGGAAUGUUUGCUCUCCGUGAGAGAAGGGUGCACGUGACGCAGGAGGACUUCGAGAUGGCUGUGGCCAAGGUGAUGAAGAAGGAUAAUGAGAAGAACAUGUCCCUGCGGAAGCUGUGGAAGUGAGGACACACCCACCUCCGAUGGCUCCUGCUUUCACUGCCUUGCUGAGGUCCCGGAAGCAUGUAACUGCACGUUGCUGGACUUGUACUUUUAAGCUAUGUCCUUUUUCCUGGUUGCCAAGGUUUUGAAGAUACGCUUCUCGUAGCAUAUAGCUGAAUUAAACUCAUUGAACCGGGUUAGUAGUCUGUGUUUAUGCUGGUCGUUUUGCA